CAAUGUAUAUUAAAGAAUAGUUAAAUAGAAUAAAUGAAGAAUUUUCUAUUUUUACAUUUGGAUUUGGAAAAGGUCAUUAUGCGCAAAUAAUGACAUCUAUAAGUAGUUUAAAACAUGGAAGCUUUUAUUAUGUUUAAGAUACAAGUUUAUUAGAUCAAUUUUUAUUGAUGCAAUUGAAGGUUUGA